AUGAAGCUGCUAUCCACUCCCCACCCCUUAAUAUGGGUACUGGCUAUACCUAGCCUCAUCUUCAGCACGUCUACAUUUGCCACGUCUAUUGAACCGUCUACCGGCACCGGUCUACACACUAUGGAUCACGCCCCCAAAACCAGCAGUGUCAGCAUGAGCACUUCCAUGACCACAUAUCCAGUUCCCACCGCCCCUACCAAAUCCGUAUCCGAACUGACCCGCGCCCCAUCCUACAUUCCCAGACUUACCAACAGUACCGGCGAAUUCGAGAGUGUAGACGAUCUAGAAUACACCCCCUUCGCUCCAAAACGUUUAAACCAUACCAUGACAAGGGGCAGCACCAAAAUCAAAACAGCCGUCAUCACUACUAUUUCUAACUUCCCAACCCUUGUGGCCACUUAUUCAAACCGCAUUCUAGUAACCAGUACCAUCCGACGUCCCUCUCCAACCAGAACUCCAAGAUUUAGAUUCGGACCCGGCUUUGACGUACUCGCCGUAUGUAACUGGUUGCGGCCUACGACCGUCCCCAUCAAAACCGCUCCCAAUAACACUACAAAUUUCAGUAACGUUACCUCAAUGGCGACAUUAACACCUACACCUACACCAUCAAUCGAACAGUUACUCUACCCCCCUUUCAAGCUCAGCGCCUUCUCUAGUUUCCUCACUGCAUUAGAGGCCGCAGAAAGUCCAUUGCCAGACCAAUACCAGUUAGGUUUCAAAGACAUAAAAGCCCAGCUAUACUGGAUAAAAGAAGCAAGGCCAAAGCGGGAUCCGAAUUGUCCAGCCCAUUUAUUCGACACAAUAAACGACAUCCGCGUAUCUCUUUGUCUACCAGUUAACCCUCAAAACGCCACAACCAUCUCCAAAGUAGAAUCGACACCGAUGGAAGCUAUAAUGACCAUACUACGCACAAUUGAAUCAGACAUUGAAACCUACCAAACUGACCCAUCUCAGCUUAAUGGUGAUAUCUGUGAAUGGAUACCGAACGGUUCCGCUGGAGAUCCCUCAAAACAGAUAUACGACCCUAAAGAUCCAGACGAGGGCAAAUUCCAAGCCUACCGCAUCGGAAACUAUUCCACUGGCGAUAGUGACGGAAAUGAUAACUCAGCAAUAAUAGGAAGGGAUGGUCUGCCGCUUAUAGGAUGGUAUCUAAACAUCGCAUCUGGAGGGAAUGACUACCAAAAAAACGAACUAUCCUGGGGGGCCAACUUGCAAUACAAGACAGCGAGAUGGGACUUGAUAAAAACCACCUUUACACCUAACAAUCCCGACCACAAAUGUAGCAAUACUAAGGGUGCUGGUCUAUCCAAGCCCAAGAAAAGACCACAACAAGCAGAAAUAGAGAAAUACGUAUACCCUGUGGUCAACUCUACCAUUAAUGGACUAAGAAUUCUGGCUGAAGAUAUAUAUGCCAGUAACAAAUCCGACACCAUCAUCCGAAUGCUGGAUGAAAAGGAUGGUGAUUGCGUCCGCAGAUUCUGCGGAGGUAGGCAGAAUUUAACACUGAGCGUUUGCGGGUUUCAAUCUUUCAAGAAAUUUGAAAUGAUAAAUGUUGAAAACCAGUACGCCAAUGCACUUGGGGAUCGGAUUAAAAUCAGCGAAAUGAUCCACUUCUUACGGACUCAAUUCGAAGAUGCUGCUAUCCGGCAUUUUAGAAACCCCGAUCUACCAGACGCCAGACAUUUCGGGCCUCCUCUCCAUGAGUUCAUGUGUAGUGUGAGCGCUGUGAACGGUACGACCUCCAAGCUUCCAGGAAUAUUUUCAUUUGUUCUUGGACCCAAAAACGGCCGAAAGGUUCCUGGUUGUGAGAACCCCGAGGAAUAUAAAGAAGGCUGUGGGAACUUCAGGUUGGAAAUCAGUUCCAAACCAUGCACUCUGUUCUACCCUAUUUGCGGGUCCAGCAAACAGAACUAUGAAGGAUUUCAGGACGUCGUUACAUUAAAUUCGAUCCGAGAAGCCAGAAAUGCUAUAGAAGAUGGGACCAUCACUCGAAGGUUCGCACAAAACCUAAUAGGUGAGACGCCUUCUGAUUGGGUUAGGUGGACUCAAGGGAAGGUUGGUAAUGUUAUUAGAACAUUCGACCAGUUCUAUUGUGAUCUCGAGGGCAAAGUAAAAAUUGCUGUCGGCAUUGAAGAACGAUUACGAGGCACUAGAGGAGCUGGUUAUGAAGUCCCGCCCAAGCAGUUAUUACGCGGCUUAGACGUCCUCAUCAAAGAGUUCGGAGAAAUAGAAAGCCCCGAACGGAUUUCUCGAGGUUGUUCCUGGGGUAUCGAUGGUUUGAAGGGCCCCCCUACGGCUAUUCUCAACUUAACAGGUGACUCCAGGUUCUCUGGAUCCGUUUAUGCCUCUCAGUGGGGUGGGGCAAGGCCCCAUACGAUCCUUUCGGAAGGUUGGCCAUGGGUCAUAAAUAUUACGAGGCUCUACGAAGAUGACCCUUGCAGAAACUUCUCACAAGUAGCCUCCUAA